AAAAAAAUUCGGUCCCUUCGUCCUCUACUCCUCUAGUCCUCUCGGCUCCUCGCAGUCGCUCACUGCGUGCGCCAAAAGCAGCAGCAGCUCCAGCCGUCGCCGUCUCCACUCUCCAGUCUCCACCACUGCUCCGCCCGCGCCGGAUCGAGGGAGGGCAGGCGGACGAGGAGGAGGGAUGAGUCUCUUCGGGCUUGGACGAAACCAGAAGACAUUCCGCCCCAAGAAGAGCGCUCCAUCAGGUAGCAAGGGAGCACAGCUCCGAAAGCACAUAGAUGCCACUCUCGGCAGUGGAAACCUUAGGGAAGCUGUGAGGUUGCCUCCUGGAGAGGAUAUCAAUGAAUGGCUUGCGGUGAAUACUGUGGAUUUCUUUAACCAAGUUAAUAUGCUGUAUGGCACACUCACAGAAUUUUGCACACCUGAGAGCUGUCCGACAAUGACAGCUGGCCCAAAGUACGAGUACAGAUGGGCUGAUGGUGUGCAGAUAAAGAAACCCAUAGAGGUAUCAGCACCAAAAUAUGUGGAGUAUCUGAUGGAUUGGAUUGAAGGCCAGCUUGACGAUGAAUCCAUAUUUCCUCAAAAACUUGGCACGCCAUUUCCACCGAACUUCAAGGAAGUAGUAAAGACAAUAUUCAAGCGCUUGUUUCGGGUCUAUGCCCAUACUUACCACUCCCAUUUCCAGAAGAUUGUUAGCCUUAAAGAGGAGGCCCAUCUCAAUACCUGUUUUAAGCACUUCAUUCUGUUUACAAAUGAGUUUGGCCUGAUUGACAAGAAGGAGCUGGCUCCACUUCAGGAGCUCAUCGAAUCCAUCAUCGUUCCUUACUGAGAACACGGUUUGCUAAACAUGGAUACAGAGCUCUUAAUGCUGAUGCUGUGAAAUUCAGUCUGUUUAUGACAGCACUUUACUGCAUAGAGCUUAUUGUUCCCGUUAUUAGACACAAGGACAUGUCACAUAUGCGUGUAUCUGUGUUGUUUCUUCCUGAUCAUGCUGACCAUGUAAGUACUGUCAUAUCAGCUAUAGAACGGCGAUGAUAAUGUACUGCAGAAAGAAAAAAAACACGAGAAAGCUGAGUUGGGGCUAUAAAUUGCAUAUUGGCACUUAUCGAGUAUAGAAUAGAUCUCCUUCUCUUUCUUCUUACAAACAGAAUUGACUUGUUAUUUUUAAUGGAAUGAAAUAAAUAUUCACGCUUUUUGA